UCGCGCCGCGCAUGCGCACAGUGCAGCGCCCUAUCACCGUACGCGUGGUGUUCUGUAGCAUGCAGAACUUGUUGAAAUGGGUUCCUCUAGAACCCGCAACCUGCAGGUGUUUGACACGGAGCUGAGCGCGGACACCGUGGAGUGGUGUCCCGUGUCUCAGCACGCUCAUAUUUUAGCUUGUGGCACUUACCAGCUUCAGAAAGACGAUGAGAAGAACCCCAGCAGAAUUGGUCGACUCUACCUUUUCCAGUUUGACCAGCAGCAAUCAUUUACCCCUCCACUGACUGAGAUACAGCGCAUCGACACUCCUGCUAUACUGGACCUGAAAUGGUGUCAUACAGAGCUGUACGAGCGCCCCCUGCUGGGAAUGGCCACAGCAUGUGGAGAAAUCCAAUUGCAUGGGCUCAAAGACAAACAGGAUGGCAGAUGUGCUUUGGAGCAUGUCUUAAGCACAGAGCUGGGUCCUAACAGAUUAGCACUGUCUCUGGACUGGUCCACAGGCAGAGGUGACAGCACAGACCCCCGUGUGGUGACCAGCGACUCGACCGGCUCUCUUACGCUCUUGUCUCUGGCUGAGGAUGACCUGAGCGCUGUGUCUCAGUGGAAAGCUCAUGACUUUGAGGCCUGGAUUACAGCGUUCAGUUACUGGGAUACACAGCUGGUUUAUUCAGGUGGUGAUGACUGCAAACUUAAGGGCUGGGAUCUGAGGAUGGGUCCCUCAUCCCCCACAUUCACCAGUAAAAGGCAUUCAAUGGGAGUGUGUAGCAUACACAGCAACCCUCAUCGAGAGCACGUCCUAGCCACAGGCAGUUAUGAUGAAAACGUGCUGGUAUGGGAUGGGAGGAACAUGCGACAGCCUCUCAGCGAAACGCCAGUGGGUGGAGGAGUGUGGAGACUGAAGUGGCACCCUGUUCAUGAACACCUGCUGUUAGCUGCGUGCAUGCACAACGACUUUCACAUCCUUCACUGCCAGCGAGCUGCGGGUGGAAAUGAAGGCCCAUGUCCAAUCCUGGCGUCUUACAUCCUUCACAACUCGCUAGCGUACGGAGCCGACUGGUCACACCUCAUCCUGAGCAGCCCUCCACCCUCUUCUCCACCUAAAGAAACAGCCAGCAUCCCCCUGUUCCAGCCCGAAGGCCACCUCAGGAUCCAGUAUGAAUCCCCGACUGCCAGCUUCGACACCUCUCUGGAGGACGAGUGUGGACGUUACAUCCCCGAUCACACCACUACCGUCUCGGCUCCGGCUCCUGUCCCAUACAGCGGCGGAGACGACUCAGCCUCUCUGUCCUGCCUGCUGGCGUCCUGCUCCUUCUAUGACCACAUGCUGCACGUGUGGAGAUGGGACUGGAAUCCAGAGAUCGACAAGCGGUCAGGAGAGACGACUUCUUCCUGAGUGUUUGUUUGGAUGGACAGAAAAACAAACAGAUACUAUAGCUUAUAAAGCUAAUAAAUAUCCAGAGAUUGACCUUUUUAGGUUGUCCCAUUCUGAUGGGGCUGUAGAUCUUCCAGUCAUUUCCUCCACAUGGAAUAUUUACAUACUUUUAUAUCAGCUAUGCACAGAAAACACAUACAUUGUACACAAAUAUUAAUAAAUUACUCUUAUAUAUA